UGCUCACCUGGAUCAGGUGUGUUCAGUUAAUCAGAAACUGGGCUGAUUCCAUCCAAUCUACUGAAGCAGCAGGAUCCACGACACUAAAAACAUCCUCAUCUCUGCGCUCAAUCUGAGCAUCCCCUCCUCCUCCUCCUCCUCACACCUUUCGGUCAGAAGAGGAAGAGGCAGCCCAGCCCAGGGAGAGACGCUGAGAGGAUGAAACUGUGACACGCCGGCAGACCACAGGGAAACCACCGCACAACUAUAAUUGCACCCGCAAAGGUCAGCCAAGAAUCCCGCUGCAAGUGCCAAAGUGAAAUCUACAGGACUACAAUUACGUGGACCGCGGAGCCGAGUGAAUGACAGAAGCUGCCUGCCGUUCGGCUGCUCUCCUCCUGGACUUCACCUGCUGCCGUUGCAGAGCUUCACUUCCCGCUCCUUCAGCCUCUCAGACAGGUUGAAUCUGACGGAGGGACCGGUGCCGCGCUCCCAUCCCCGCGCUCCUUCAACAACAGCCUCUGCUGGUAAACGAUCCAACCCAGGAGGAUUGUGGGUAAAUAAGUCUUCAUAGUCCAGGGUUCAUCUUCACCUGCAGCGGCGGCGGCGGCGGCAGCAGCAGCAGCGAGUCGAGUGACCCAGCUUCAAGCCCACCCGCUUCACCCGUACAUGGAGACCCCCAGCUGGGCAGGAAACACGCUGUGUAAGUCAGGAAGCAUUGCUGUCUUCGGGAACGUGGUGUACAGCGGACUGCUGAACGAUCACCUCUGGCAUCUGGGAGUGCCCCUCUUCACGAGACUGGGUAACCAAGAGGCCACCAACCCUCCAGAAGCGAUGGCCCAGCCGUACACCCCAGCCCAGUACCCGCCCCCCCCACAGAACGGGAUCCCCGCAGAGUUCGCGGCGCCGCACCCGCUCCCAGCGCAGGACUACACCGGGCAGAGCCGGGUCCCGGAGCACGCCAUGACGCUGUACACGCCCACACAGACGCACAGCGAGCCGGCCGGCACCGACAACAGCACGCCCGCCAUCCCCGCCAGCACGACCGCACCGACAGAUGACGUGACGCAAACAGAGGGCUCUCAGCAGCUCCAGCUGCAGCACUCAGACUCCUCGGAGAAGCAGCAGCCCAAAAGGUUACACGUCUCCAACAUUCCCUUCCGCUUCCGAGAUCCCGACCUGAGGCAAAUGUUUGGGCAAUUUGGAAAGAUUUUAGAUGUGGAGAUUAUCUUUAAUGAGCGAGGAUCCAAGGGCUUCGGCUUUGUAACUUUCGAAACAAGCACAGAUGCUGAUCGUGCGCGGGAGAAACUUAACGGUACAAUCGUAGAAGGACGCAAAAUCGAGGUGAACAACGCCACGGCACGGGUGAUGACAAACAAAAAGGUGGCCAACCCCUACACAAACGGCUGGAAGCUGAAUCCUGUAGUAGGAGCUGUCUAUGGUCCUGAACUGUACGCUGUAACAGGGUUUCCGUACCCUGCCACAGGCGCCACCGUGGCCUAUCGGGGCGCUCACUUGCGAGGCCGAGGGCGGGCUGUCUACAACACGUUCCGUACAGCUCCACCGCCGCCGCCCAUCCCCGCUUACGGAGCGGCGGCUAUGCAGCAUACAGAUUUGCCCAGCCCGCCACCACCGCCGCUUACAGCGACAGCUACGGCAGAGUCUAUGCAACAGCAGACCCCUACCACCACACGAUUGGCCCCGCCGCCACGUACAGUGUGGGGACCAUGGCUAGCCUUUACAGAGGAGGGUACAGUCGCUUCACUCCCUACUAAAUGAAAGAAAAAAAAGACAUGACCCCCCCCCAAAAAAAACAAAAAAACUCUUAAAAAAUGAAACUCAAACGAGCCGGUCCUUGAUGGAGAGAUAAAUGAAAUCGAUAGAAAAUGCCCCUCCAGGUCCACUCGCUGAGCCCCCCCUGACACAAGCAGAUAUUUCUACAACUUCUUUGAUGUCAUCAUUGGUCUGCUAUGGUUUUGUACUCAUUUUGUGCUUCUGGUUUUCUUUUGGAAAUGCACACGUGCAUUCUCUUGACUGCUGUAUUUGGGUGCUGUGUCACCAUAACGAUGUGAGCCUCCUGCAGCACGUCUGAUGCAUGCUCAGAGGUGUGUGUAUGCAGCCGCUGUCGUCUGACUGAGAACACACCGGGACGUUUCUGAUCCGAUCCAACCAGACUGUAACUCCCUGAAAACGCUGAAGAACUGUCGGUCCCAAACGGACCCGCACGCCUGGUGGUUCUGAGCUCAAAGACAGCGCUGCUCUGACUGCUUUGAUUUCCUUUUUCUUUGUUGAAGUUGGAGUGUCCUACUGUUGUGCACUGGCAGUGGAGCCUUACGAGCGGUACCAUGUGUAUGACAGCAUGCAGAGUUGAGGGUCGUGAAGGUCAGGGUUCUGUCUCCUGCAGAUGCAACAGUUCUGCUGCUAAACAGCAUCGCUGGCGUUCUGAAUAUUUUAUUGGAAGUGAAAACAAAGCAAAUGAGGCGUGGGGCUAAAGCGGCUCUUUUAUUCCAUCGUGUUUCCCGGAGCCCCGACCAUGAAGGAACGCCUCCUCCGUGGAACACCAAACUCUGCACAAUAACCAAACAAAAGCAGAGAUGAUUUGUUGUGAAGGUUGGCGCCGCGCUCAUCUCGAUAAAACACUUAAGCGUGGAGGAGCAGAUUUAAAGUCCCCUUAAACUUCAGAGAGAAUUUGGAACAAAGAAACAAACCAAACGGCUUAAUCUCAUUAGCUGUACAGAGACGCCGCCGCCACCGCUCGCGAGCUGAAUUUGCAGGAGACACGGCCGCAGAUCCACACUAACACACAUCAUCUGAGCGCCACACAUGGACUCACACACAGACCCGAGUGGGAGGAGCCAGCAGAGGGCCUCCAGUAGUCACUGGGAUCUUUUUGUUGUAGAUUUUUUGAAGCAUUGCACAAAGUCUUUAACCUCAGGAUAAACGAGCUGACCUUCACAAACAGAGCUACUCACUUCUGGACACUUUUGGUUCAACCAGCAGUCUGAGCGCAGGCGACUGCAACAUACUAAAGACAUAUACUGUAACACGUCUGACACUGUAAACACACACAGAUACAGGAAGUCUAAAAGCACCCAGGGGAGGAGACGAGCAGAGCAGAGCAUCCAGACGUUACAUUGGCUUCUCUUUGUGCUCCGUGAGGUGGAUUAAAAAAAGAAAAAAAUCUGUGUAGCUACUGUUAGCUGUCAAGAUUUCUGUGCAGCUAUAAAAACUCAAAGCUAUUGCCAAUAAUAUUUAAUUUCCAUGUACUCACAAAAGUGUUUGUAGUCUCAAAAAAAUGUUUGUUGCACUUUAUUUGUUUUUGUUUUUCAAUAUUUUCUGAGAUGUAACAUAUUUAUAGAAAAUCUAUACAUCUAGUUAUGUUUAGUCAAGAUGUUAAAAUGAUAGAGUACUGUUGUAUAUCAAAUAAAAAAAAAGAAAAAUAGCCCAUUAGCUCAUUAGUCAAAGAAAAAUUUGUGGGUUAAAAAAAAAAACAACAAAUAACAUGGUUCUUCCUUUUCUAUGCUAGUAUGUAAGCUGCUCACUAUUUGGGGGUUUUAUAAGAAGCAAAAAAGACUUUGAAUAUUAUUUUUAUCAUUUGCAAACAGGAGAGUUUGUCAUAUAAACUCUGCAGCAGAGUCUGGGUGUUCAGUUAGUGACCACUAUUAGUAAGCUAGACUGGAAUGAAACAGAUUUUUUUGUUUCUUAUUUUUAUCUGAAUGUGUGUGCCUAUGUGCUAUAUACAUACAUAUAUGAGAAAUAUAUAUAUAAAUAUGCAUCAGAAUGUUUGACUGUGAUGGAGGGCGGGCAGAGGGACGAGCACGCUGUAGUUUGCAUGACCUCACUCCACGUCCCUGUGACAUCAUCGCUACUGCAAACCAGUUUAGUUCAGCUGUGGGGAACAAAGUCACUUAUUGUUCCCUGAAGACAAAACAUUCAGGAAGCAGCAACGGAAAAAAACGGGACUUCUGUGGAUUUACCUCAGCAGCCAAAACGUGUCUUAAAGGGGCGGGGUCACAUUUAAGCAUUUAAGGAAGUCUCCUUAGUUUCAGUCUUAUUGAAGUCCAUUGGCGGUAUCUCAAACUGCAGAACUAUUUUGUGAAGGAUGAACGACCAACAAAGAUAAAAUAACAAACAAAUGGGAGGGGCUUAAGGCACACCUGUCGCUCAUUUAAAGACAUAAGAACAAAAUACAGUAAAUAUUGUGUUGGUUAUUUUCAAAAAUACAACUUUAAAAUAACCAGAACAAUGAUUGUUGGUGGGAUAAACAACUUUACAAAAUAUGCAGCCACUGACUGUACUUGAUAACUGGACGGAGUGACCCCACCACCAUGCCUUUCCAAGGAUAUACACGCAAAAUCCUAUAGACUGUGUCCGAAUUCCCCCCUACUCACUAUAAAGUGCGUUUUCUAGAGCUGUCUGAAUCUACUAUUCCAAAAUCAAGAGUAAUAGAAAUUUCCCAAAAGCCUUUGCGAAAAACUAGCAUGCAUCGAUGCUCAUUACAUUAGCAAAUAUAAACCACAAUGUCUUACGGUCGAAAAAAAGUCGAAAAGAUGUCGUAAAAUGUCCGUAUUAACUCGAUUUUAAUUUCAUAAAAUCUGUGACGUCAUAUCCAACGCUUAGAAAAACACAAGUAAAAUAGUGAUCAUGGUGUCCGAAUUGCUUUUAAAAUUCAGGACUCUAGAUAGUCCAAAACUCUGUCGUUUUUAGGGAUUGGGGGUAAAAUCGGACACAGCCAUAGACUUCCAUAGAGAAAUAAACAGCUAUUUCUUAGUCAUUCUAUUGGUCAGAGAAAACAUUCUGGAUCUGAAACUUUUUUUUAACAUCUUGAUCAUUUCACUUUUGUUUGUUUGAUCAGUUUAUAACUUUAACUACAAUCAGAUGCCUCAGUAAAAGAGGCGGAGCCUGACCUCAAGGUUCAAAACAUAUGACAGAUUUUUGUAGCCUUAUUUCUAGUGGUAGGGGCGUGGCCGUCCAACAAGCUCACUCCUGAUUCGAGAAAGUGGUUGCCAUAAAACAAACUCAAACUAAUAACUGCUUAUUAAUGACGUCUGGCGACUGAAAUAAACCAUUUUCUAAGGAGGGGGUCACACUCAAUCGGUCCGGUUCUCUAAUACAGUCGCUGGCUGAAGCCACUCUCCAUCCGGACUGACCUGCAGCGUCAUGGCCGACCAGACUCGUCGUACAGAGAAGUUUUUGUUCUCUCCUGAAAACGGUGAAACAUUCAGAACAAAUGAGCGAUUUUUGUCUCAUGAAAACGACGUUUAAUCUGUAAAUCCAUUUACGGCUUUGGGCGCCGUUCAUCAAAAUGAUUUGUGAUUCCUUCUGCAGAGAUGGACUUCCUAAUGCAUCACGGCCAUCAGAGUGUGCGGAUCCACAAAUUCCCCUUCAGUAAUUACAGCGCGUGCUAAAGCAUUAGCAUACAGAAUGCAAUUAGGAGCAGGCAGCGGCACUGAUGCUCUCACAGGGACUGCUGGAGUGUCGUCAUCCGGAGCAGCUCCUAACAGUCUGCACGGGUUUGUCAACAGUUUACAGAAAAAGUUUCAACUAACAUUGUUUAACCAUUUUAGUGUCAGCUUAUCAAGGCUUAAAAGCUAAAGAACUAUAGAAAAUAGCCGUCGGUAUCGUAGACGCAUCUUAUUACGCUAGUCAAAUGUGAAUUUUUAGAACUUUUUUUUUUCUUUUUAGCUUCGUUUGCAUUUGUUGGUUCCCAUAACCAGCUUGAUAUGCAACUUAGUCCUCUAUUCGACCCAUCUGUUUACACUUAUUAACAGUAGUACUGAGACAUGUUUACAUACCAGAAGAAAAUACUCUUUAUGCAUCAUUUCUAUUAACAAGUAUUCACUAAGCCCUGAUAAGCUGGCAGGUGAGUUUAUGAAUCCACCGAAAAUAUUUGUACAAAAGAAAAACCAUGCAAAAAAGUUACAGCACUUCUACGUACAUUUAAAUGUAUAUAAACACAAACUAUAUCACAAUUCUCUGAGUAACUGUUUUAUAUGUAUUCCUAUAUGAAGUGGGGUUAUCUGUGUAUUUUCAAUUCAGCUGAACUUGUUCUUGAACUCUAUGUGAUUUCUAUGAGAAUAUAUUGUCUGAAAGGUGUAAAGUAAUUUUUUUGGAUUCAUUUCAUAGGUUAAAGUAUACUACUAUGAGCCUUUUCUUCAUUCUUUCAAUAUUUUUGUUGUCAGUAUGUGACAUAUAAGUAACCUCUGAUUGUUUUCUGAGUGUCAGAAUAAAGCAGUUAUAAGAACAAGA